AUGACGGAAUCCUAUCCAGGGGUCCAAGGUGUCCCGAUCCAGAAUGGCGUGCCGCACGUUGACGUGAUUUCCGGUCCUCUGAUCAACUUCAAGAACAUGCACAUGGAACCCUCGUCUGCGAUUUGGCAUGGUAGUGUAUUGAUUGUAACGAAGCCUGGUCAGCCUCAGCCGCCGCAGCUUCACUUGCGCCAAGCGAAUCCCGUCGGGGACAUCCAUAAUGCUCAGGUCAACAGAGGGAACGUGCCGACCCAGCAAGGGAUGGUCAUUGAAGGACUACGUCUCUAUGAAGACCUAGGAAAGGCUUUCUGGCGGUUUUCAAUCGCUAUCCCCGUCGAAAAUUACGAGGCUCGUUGGGAAUAUGACAUUCCGGGUCUGCAAAAUGUCGAGGGGGGCCCGGUCAACUCGCCCUGGAACUUUGUGGUUCCCGCACUGAACCAGUCAAUGCGCCAGAUGUUUCACUCCUGCAAUGGCUUCUCAGUUGGUACGGACAUGGAUGCCUGGGUCGGCCCCACCUUGUGGAAGGAAGUGCUCCGGGUGCAUGAAAGCAAACCGUUCCAUGUCAUGAUUGGUGGUGGUGACCAACUCUACAACGAUGGGAUCCGUGUGGACGGUCCUCUCAAGGAGUGGACCUCAAUUGGCAAUCCUCAUAAGCGGCGUGCCCACGAUUUCAACAAUGACAUGCGAGCCCGCUGUGAUGACUAUUACUACGCUAACUACGUCCGCUGGUACAACACGGAGCCCUUCAGGACUGUCAACGGGAUGAUCCCUCAGAUCAACAUCUGGGACGACCACGACAUCAUUGAUGGCUUUGGCUCCUACACGGACCACUUCAUGCGCUGCUCCGUUUUCCGGGGCAUCGGCGGUGUGGCUUUCAAGUACUACUGCUUGUUCCAGCAUCACAUCGCUCCGCCGCUGUCCACGUACACGACGGAUGCUCCCCAAACCAUGAGCGCUGUCAACGGCACCGCAGGUGCAGACCCGCGGCAGCUGGAAAACACAUAUGUCUUGGAGGACCAAGCAGAGGAUGACAGCUGGAUCGUUGGUAAGCGUCCCGGUCCGUACGUGGAGGAGAAAAGCCGAAAUCUGUACAUGCGUCUAGGUAGACGGAUCGCGUUUAUCGGCGUGGAUGCGCGCACAGAACGGACCCGUCACCAGGUCAAUUAUGAAGAUACCUAUGACCUCAUUUUCAACCGUCUCGAACAAGAGGUCGCCGCGGCCAACGGCGAUAUCAAGCAUUUGGUGGUUCUUCUGGGAGUCCCCAUUGCCUAUCCCCGUCUGGCAUGGUUGGAGAAUAUUCUGAGCUCCCCUGUUAUUGCACCUAUCCGUCUAUUGAACAAGCGUUUCGGAUUCGCGGGCGGUCUGUUCAACCAGUUCGACGGUCAAGUCGAUCUGUUGGACGACUUGGAUGAUCAUUACACGGCUCGUCAGCACAAGAAGGAACGAAAGAUGUUCAUCAACCGUCUCCAAGACUUUGCCAAGGUUCAUUCGGUUCGAGUGACGAUCCUGGGUGGUGACGUUCAUCUGGCAGCCAUUGGUCGAUUCUAUUCGAAACCCAAGCUGGGUGUCCCAACCGGUCACGACCACCGGUUCAUCGUGAACAUUGUCAGCAGUGCUAUCACCAAUAAGCCGCCUCCUAAAGCAGUGGCAAACCUGUUAGCUCAGAGAAACAAGCUUCACCAUCUCGAUGACUACACCGACGAAACAAUGAUGGACUUCUUCGAUCAACAGCCCGGCGGUGUGGAAAAGAGCGCAUCCUGGAACAAGACGACGAUGCCGUCGCGGAAUUUCGCCUGUAUCACUGAAAACGAUGCUCUGCCCAUGAACCCCGAGGCAUCCGGAGCUACGAAUGGCUACGCACCAAAGCAGACGCCCAAGGAUGGACACUCGCCGCUGCAUAGAGGUGAGGAGAAUGUUGGUACCGCGCACCCGGCUGCUGAUGGCAUCGGUUUCAGUGACAUGUAUGGUGGUCUGGAUGUAUCCAUCAAGGUGGAAAUCGACCCGCAGAACCGGGACGGGGCUGCCCAUGGCUACGGAUUCAGUAUUCCUCCAUUGCAAUUUAACCCCCAGGCAGACACUGCUCCCAGACCUGUCUCUGGACAUGCUCACUCGCUUCGACCUCCAUCUGUGCGACCUAAUUCCGAUCGUCCUUCAUCCAACAGACCCCACACGGCUCUCCCCUAA